CAGCCCGUCUCAGGCCCCACCCCCUGCGCGGCAUGUCCCUCGCUGCCUACCGUAGGCAGUCUGCGCGGCUGGCAAGAUGGCGGCAGUCGGCGUUAUGAGGAGGGUGUCGGGGAUUUUAAGACCUCUAAAUUUUCUGGUCCCUUUGGCCUACAACACCUCCUGCAACAUCCGUCUCAUUUCUGGACUCUCUAUACAGUGUUUCAACCGGGUGCAGGCACCAUUAGCUUCCUCUGUUACGAAACCUUUGCUGUCUGUUAGUGAUUUGUCCUGUGGGUGUCCUCUCUCCAUCUUUAACAGUGUAACACCCUUACUGCCACAUAUCCUUCAGCAGCCAGUGAGGACUCUCACAUAUUAUAGCCUGCAAAAAGGAAAGAGGAAAUCUGUAAAAUCUGUGGUCUAUAGAUUUCUCCGACUGCACUGUGGCCUUUGGUUAAGGAAAAAAGCUGGUUACAAGAAAAAAUUAUGGAAAAAGUCUAUUCCCCAGAAAAGACGCUUGAGGGAACAAGUGUUUUGCAAUAAAACACAAAGUAAACUCCUUGAUAAAAUGACCACUUCCUUCUGGAAGAGAAGAAACUGGUAUGUUGAUGAUCCCUUCCAGAAGUAUCAUGAUCGCACAAACCUUCGACUGUAGAAAACCUGUCUCUUCUGUGUCUCAAUUCACACUUUUCUUUUUCCUCUUACUGCCCAAUACAUGUCAUUGUAUGUAGGCUGGGAUCUUUUUAUGCAUUUCCAAAGACAACUACAGUUUGUCAUUUUUCCACAUCUACAUGUAACAUGCAAAUAUACGGUCUGAUUUGAAUUAUUGGUACCAACACCCAAAAUAAACUAAUUCCAGAUUGUGAAUGGAGUGUUGAAUCAUAGAUGGUUAUUGUAUUUCACUUCACUAAAGUGGAGAGGGGCAAGGGGAAAAGGUAAGAAAUUUUGAUUCAGCUAAAUAUUCUGAAUUCCCUGUGAGAUUCUUGCAAUAGGUUAUAAACAAUGUAUGUAAUUGAACAUCUAAGCUAAAUUUUAAGAAUGAAUAUUAAAAUGGGAAUGUUUAAAGCGGUUUGAAAAAUACAAAUAAUAUAGACUGGAUAUUACUAAAGCAUCUGGAGUCCUGGUCCAUGACUGGGGCUCCUACUGGGCAAGGCCCUGUACAAACACCGAACAAAGAGACAGUUGCUGUCUCAGUGUCAGCCCCAUUCAUUCAAGGCGAUCAUUUUAAUAACACUGCCCAGUUUGAUACUGACAUAGCUUCUCCACUGGAAAACACUGAAAAUUAGUGCUCUGAAUGUUGGUCAGAGGAUAAUUAAAGUGAUUAAAACAAAUGUUAAAUUAGAGAACUUCCCUUACUUUCAGAGUGGUUGUAUCUAAUUUUCAUUCCUUUCUUGUUAAUUGUGAAUAACUGCCUGCUUGUUAAUUCUCUUUUAAAUUCUGCCUCUGUUUCAUAUAAAAGGGUCGUGUGUACCAAAAUGUGUAGUGUAAAGCAAUGUACGAUUUUAGUUUUACACUCCUAGGUCAGGAUGAUAUGCUUGCUUCUGCUUUUACCAAGGCCCAGUGCCUUGUGUUCUUUAAAACUUGGCAGCCUAUAGACAAUGUGAUAACGGUAGUUUCAAACUGUUCCAUUCUCUUUACUGUAGCUGCUGUCAAUCAGUUCCAUUAUCUCUUCUUUAAUAAGACAAGGCUUACUUUAUAAUAAAGCUAUGGUAGUCCAAUGAAUUCACUGGUAACAGGUUCAGUAGCUGUAUUUUUUCCAAUUGGUAAUACAGAAAGGAGUUCUGAAGGACAUGUAGCAUUUGGUGAAUACAUCUAAAUACGUUUAACACGAAUUACGACAAAUAAUGCAGUAAUAAAAGUAACAAGUAUUCUGGCCUGCCAGAUCCAUUAACAGACUAAAGAUGUUUGCUUCUUUGUUAUUUUAAAGAAAAGAUUAAGACUUUAUUCAAGAUGUGUAUCAAGCAUAACAAAACCAGCAAAACUCCAACCUUUGGAAUACUGUUGCAAUGUCCAUCCUUAUGAGGCUUUAAGUGUACUAUCCUAUCACAAAUCUUUUCUACUGAUCAUGAGAAAGAAACCUCUUAAGUGCACAGUUAUGAUCCUUAAAUAUGUUUGUAUAAGUGUGAAUCUCAAAAGUAAGCAUAGUGUUCUUUACAAUUUCAGAUACGUGCUAGGUGCAAAACAGGUACCCAAAACAAACAGCAAAAAAAAAAAGACUUAAGCAUUCUGUCACAAAUAUAUAGAUAUCGAUACUACAUGAGAACACGGUUAUUUCACAGAGCACGGUCAAAGAAGCAGGCUGUUUACAUGAUGCCAGGGAGCACCACAUCCCUCUAGUAAGCCUUUCCUUCUUAUAUUUUAAUCACAAGGUAAUUUCUCCCCUUGUUGUUAGAAAUAGAAGGCCUGGUUCUCCUCUUCCUUACACCAGGUUUACUCUUGUAUAAUUCCCUUGGCUUCUGGGCAAUUACUCCCAAUUUACACUAAGGUAAGUGGAGCCUUGGCUGUAGUUGGAAAUAGCCCUGCUUCAACAAUCCUUGUAGCUGCACUGGUGUAGAUAGUUACGUUUAGACAAGGAUGCAUAAGGGUUUGCAGUGAGUUGCUCAAAGUUUACCCCAUUCAUAAUUAAGGUAAAUCCUGUGUAAACCUGCAGGCUAAUUCACUGGCCCAGGCACCAAAGAACAUUCUCUAGCCCCAGGAUUUCUGUCCCCUUCUCUUCAAGGCUUUAGUUUUAUUUCUUCAGAAUAACACAUUCAACAUAGCAUUGCCUGAGCUGGGGUCUUUUGCAGGGGGCUAACUACUCCAUAUGGGUUUGCAACCACCUGAGUCAUUUAUACUGGGUUCUUUCCCCAGAACUGAAAACUGAUGCUGGAGGGGGCCUUGCCCCAAACCUGGGCUCUUGUUAUUGAUGAGAACCAGAUUAUCUUCAGGCUACCCACUCCUUGAUCUUACUGCUUCAGCUGGGUGGCAACUGAUUAAGGGGAAUGGGGCCCUGCCCCUCCUCUGACUAAAGGGCCACCUAGCAUGUGAUAUUCUAAUUAGUUUAAUUGACACACACUCAGGUUUGCCUUUGUCUACUGCUAGGGGGUCAGCCUAUGUGUAGCAACGCCAAUUGUUGAACUGAGGUUAUUUCCAAGGGGAGAUAGUGCCUGAGAGAAGAGUCAGGACCACAGAACAUAGAGCUGAUAUCGAUUCCAAAUAAACAUGUAUCUGAACAUUAAAAUGACAGACCUUUAGAGAAGCAUUUGUAAACAGCCUGUGUCUGUAAUACACUGAAUUCAAAGCAAGUGAUUGUUCUAGCCUGUGUACAGAACACUAUACUACUAAGUGUACAUGUUUAGGCAUUCACAUUUCUUGUCAGUCUGUACACAAAUACACAGCUCAGUUGAAAACACGUUUUUGCCAGUGAUAUGAAAAGAUUGUUUUCAGUGAAUGUCUUCAAGAGAUAAGGCAACUCCCUUGUCAACAGUUCCACCUCAGCAUUUAAGAAAAUCGAAACAGUCAAGUUUACAGUAAAACAGCAGAUCACACAUUUAAUAACUUUAGUGAGGAUGAAUGUUAAUACAGUGUGUAUGAGUAGAAUGUUAAUACACUGUGUAUGAGUAGAAUUCCUCAAACAUUAUGCAGGUAUAUAUUUUUAUUUUUGGCAUAAUUUGAGUGCAAACGUGUCAGCUUUUGUUUUAUGGCACCUUAUUGGGGAGCACUGAAAAUGAAGCUUGCUGCAACAACUCACACUUCAAACAAAGUUCCUAUUU